CGCUGCUGCUGCUGCUGCUACAACGAAAACUAUCCAGUCAGCAGCUCCGAUGGGAAGACGGAGUCAGUGGCCAACCUGCAGCCGCAGCCGUCCCUCAUCUCCCUGCAGUCCAGCUCCCCGGGACCCAAACGCUCCGGAAACACUCUGAGAAAAUGGCUGACCAGCCCGGUCCGCCGCCUCAGCCACGGCAGCUCCGUCAAGAAGCUCCCCAAUAACAAACAGAAGAAGACGGGUCCAGGAUCCGGAAGAGAGGAAAACAGGAAGAGCGUCGACCUCGGACAGCCCGACCUCGCUCUGCAGGACGACAACAUCGAUGAGAGGGUCCUCAGUAAGGACGGUAACCUCCUUUCUAAGACGCCCUCUGGGAUGCAGAGCGGUGGCGAGGAGGAGCAGGACGAGGAGGCCCACACUCCUCUGCCUCCCCCCAUGGAAAUCAUCAAGGACCCCUCAGCUCAGGAUGAGAAGUCUUCGUCCUUGCUAACGUCUCUGCAGUCGUCCUCUGAGGUGCCCAGCGCUGCAGAGCUGGUUAGCGCCAUAGAAAAACUGGUUAAAACCAAGAUGACUCUGGAGCCAGGAGCGUACCCUGGUUUCAACUUGCCCUCUCCGCCUGAACAAACCACUCCCGUCCAACCGCGGAACCCCGAGCUGGAGCAGAUAGCCAAAGCUAUGAGAGGACGAAUGUUUGUGCUGAACGAGCUGAUUCAGACAGAGAAGGACUACGUCAAAGAUCUGGGCAUCGUGGUGGAGAGCUUCAUGAAGAAAAUCGAGGAGAAGGGCUUCCCCGACGACAUGAAAGGAAAAGACAAAAUCGUCUUCGGGAACAUCCACCAGAUCUUCGACUGGCACAGAGAUUUCUUCGUAGGAGAGCUGGAGAAAUGUCUGGAGGACAACGAGCACCUGCCGGAGCUCUUCAUCAAACACGAGAGAAGACUCCACAUGUACGUGGUUUAUUGUCAGAACAAGCCGAAGUCCGAGUUCAUCGUAGCAGAAUACGACACAUACUUUGAUGGAAUCCAGCAGGAGAUCCAGUCCAGACUGAGCAUCAGCGACUUCCUCAUCAAACCAAUCCAGAGAAUCACCAAAUACCAGCUGCUACUGAAGGACUUCCUGAAGUACAGUCUAAAGGCAGGAAUCGACUGUGAGCAAAUUGAGAAAGCAGUAGAUUUAAUGUCUCAGGUCCCUAAACUGUGUAAUGACAUGAUGAAUCUGGGUCGGCUGCAGGGAUACGAGGGUAAACUGAUCAGUCAGGGCAAACUGCUGCAGCAGGAAACCUUCUUCGUGACGGAGCAGGACGCCGGCGUCCUGUCGCGCUCCAAAGAACGACGAGUUUUCCUCUUCGAGCAGAUCGUCAUCUUCAGCGAGCUGCUCAGGAAAGGCUCGUCCACGCAGAGAUACCAGUUCAAGAAGAGCAUCAAGGUGUCGUUCCUGGGUCUGGAGGAAAGUGUGGACAACGACCCCUGCAAGUUCGUCUUGUCAUGUCGCGGCUCAUCUGAGCGUUUCACGCUGCAGGCGGCCAACGUCGACAUCAAGCAAAUCUGGGUCCAACACAUCCAGGAAGUUCUGGACGCUCAGAGCAAC